CGGCGCUCCUCGACCCCCCCGGGGCUAUGCGGCCGCCGUGGGCUCCGGCUCCCCGAGGUGGUGCCAGGAGUGGGCAGGGAUCGACAGGAACAGGGAAGGGGCUGUCAUGAACGGGCAGGGAAUCGCGGGGACUGGCAGGGGAGGGCAGAGAGGAACCCACACGGAGGAGCGACUGGUUGAGUAUCUGCUGGACCCUGCACGCUAUAACAAGCUGAUCCGGCCGGCAACCAAUGGCUCUGAGCUGGUGACUGUGCAGCUGAUGGUGUCGCUGGCGCAGCUCAUCAGCGUGCAUGAGCGGGAGCAGAUCAUGACCACGAACGUCUGGCUGACCCAGGAGUGGGAGGACUAUCGCCUCACAUGGAAACCUGAGGACUUUGACAACAUGAAGAAGGUUCGCCUGCCCUCCAAGCACAUCUGGCUGCCUGAUGUGGUGCUCUACAACAACGCCGAUGGGAUGUAUGAGGUCUCCUUUUACUCCAACGCUGUGAUCUCCUAUGAUGGCAGCAUCUUCUGGCUGCCACCUGCCAUCUAUAAGAGCGCAUGCAAGAUCGAGGUGAAGCACUUCCCCUUUGACCAACAAAACUGCACCAUGAAGUUCCGUUCCUGGACCUAUGACCGCACUGAGAUUGACCUGGUGCUGAAGAGUGAGGUGGCCAGCCUGGAUGACUUCACACCCAGUGGCGAGUGGGACAUUGUGGCAUUGCCAGGGCGGCGCAACGAGAACCCUGAUGACUCCACCUAUGUGGACAUCACGUACGACUUCAUCAUUCGGCGUAAGCCACUCUUCUACACCAUCAACCUCAUCAUCCCCUGCAUCCUCAUUACAUCCCUGGCAAUCCUUGUGUUUUACCUCCCGUCUGACUGUGGCGAGAAGAUGACACUCUGCAUCUCUGUCCUGCUUGCCCUCACUGUCUUUCUCCUGCUCAUCUCCAAGAUUGUGCCACCCACCUCACUGGAUGUACCACUGGUGGGCAAGUAUCUCAUGUUCACCAUGGUACUGGUGACCUUCUCCAUUGUCACCAGUGUCUGUGUCCUCAAUGUGCACCACCGCUCACCUACCACACACACCAUGCCGCCCUGGGUCCGCACCCUCUUCCUCCACAAGCUCCCAGCACUGCUCUUCAUGAAGCAGCCACGGCAGAACUGCGCGCGCCAGCGUCUGCGCCAGCGCCGGCACACCCAGGAACGUGCCGCCGCUCUCUUCGUCCAGGCUGGUGCCCGCACCUGCACCUGCUAUGCCAACCCUGGUGCUGCCAAGGCUGAGGGGCUCAACGGCUAUCGGGAGCGACAGGGGCAGGCACCAACCCCUGCAGCUGGCUGCAGCUGUGGGCUGGAGGAAGCGGUGGAUGGUGUGCGCUUCAUUGCUGACCACAUGCGCAGUGAGGAUGACGAUCAGAGCGUGAGCGAGGACUGGAAGUACGUGGCCAUGGUUAUCGACCGCCUCUUCUUGUGGAUCUUUGUCUUCGUCUGUGUCUUUGGCACCAUUGGCAUGUUCCUGCAGCCCCUCUUCCAGAACUACACCACCAACUCCCUGCUGCAGCUUGGCCAGGGUACCCCCACCUCCAAAUAGCAUGGAGAAUGGCUGGUCCAAGGGCCAGAGAGCUGGGUACUGGGCUCAGGCAGCCCCUGCAAACCAAUAAAUACUCACAACAGGA